CGGGGACGCCCCGGUGGUCUUGAGAGGGCAAUCGGCCAGCCCUGGGUGGCCCCGCGGCCUGCCACCCGGGCGAGGGGGGGGGGGUGCGAUGAAAACGCCUGCACGCAGGAUGAGAAGGUUUUCUGGGCUUCAAACGGGGCCGAGGUUUUAACUCCCGCCUCUGCUCCGAAGUAAAGAGGUUCCAGUGGCCUACGGCCAGCAAAAGGGGACUACGUUAGGGUCACCUAGGGGGGAAGCGCUCCUGGAAGGCCGGGAACCGGUCUCCUUCAGGACUUGAAGGUGCAGGGGCUUGCAGCGAACUGCUUCCUACGUCCAGCGCUGACUUGGGGCCUCCUAGGGAGUGUAGGGGAUUCUGGAGCCGCCCCGUAGCUAAGGAGGAGGGGGUGAAGUCAAGAGAAUUGUAGCAAGCAUGGCAGGUCCUUGGUCCUCAAAUAGGGAAGGGGCUGUUACCUGCUGCACCUUCCCUGCACCUUUGGGGAGGAGCCACAGCGAGGAGGAAGAGUGGCUGCCUUAGCUGUCUGGAGGUUGGUGGCGCUAGUUUGCAGCCUCGUGAAAUAGGUGGGGGAAGGCCUUUUAGGAGCUGCAGGUUAGUGAUGGGGGAGGGAUAGAGUAAGGUAACGGGUUUGGGUGCCCGUUGGUAAGCGAGUGGGCUCGUGUGUGCAUUUUAUAGUGAAAAGUUUAAAGGACUCCUGUGUGUUCUACUCAGGGUUAAUUCAGUGCAAAAGAUUAAUUCGUUCUGGUAGAAAGUGUAUGUAGAGAAUUCCAGGCUGUGUUGCAGCAUUCUGAGUCCUAAAGCCUUCUUGACGCCUAGAGUCGCAGAUGACUGUGUGUGUGCAGUUGGCAGGAAUCGUCUUAAUGGUCUUUAAGAUUAAGUUGAUGUCAGUCUUCAUAAUCUGGCGGGAAAAACUAGGAUGGCAACUGAAGGGAGAGAUUGAGUGGAUUUCCUUCAGGCUUCUUGGAUAUGAAAUGUAAUUUUUGAUGAAUUUCAGUCUUAAUAAAAAUUGUUCGGGACCUUGGUAACCAGCGUAUACUGCAAGUGUUAAAGAGCAUUUGCAGUUGGAAAAAGUUCUACGAAAAUAUUUAUUAAAAUUAAUAGAAAUAUAAAACUGAUGUACUUGUUUUUAAUAUUUGUAAUUUUUGUCGAGAUGGAGACUUUUGGAUUUGGCGGAAAGUGAUUGUGUUUGGACAUUUUUCUAAGGAUAUUAAAAGUUGGAAGAACUGUUCACAUAACUAUCUUAAUGCAAUUUUUGAAGGAAAUGUUUGUGUUUAGACCAGGGUCAAUUCCCAGAACUUAAAUGGUAACCCAGAGCCAUAUGUACCACCAGUUCCAGAGGAUAUGGCACCCUCUUCUGGUCUCUGCCAGUAUUUUGUUCAUGUGAUGUAGUCUAAAAGUUGGUUUUAAUUGGUUGCCCACAGGAUUGACUUGGCCUCUACUUCUUAAGAAAAUACAUCUCUUGUUUUACAAGGUGUGUGUGGUUUCAGCGCAGCAUGGCUGUGGUCAUCCGCUUGCAAGGUCUCCCAAUUGUGGCGGGGACCAUGGACAUUCGCCACUUCUUCUCUGGAUUGACCAUCCCUGAUGGGGGCGUGCAUAUUGUAGGGGGUGAACUGGGUGAGGCUUUCAUCGUUUUUGCCACUGAUGAAGAUGCAAGGCUUGGUAUGAUGCGCACAGGUGGUACAAUUAAAGGGUCAAAAGUAACACUGUUAUUGAGUAGUAAAACAGAAAUGCAGAAUAUGAUUGAACUGAGUCGUAGGCGUUUUGAAACUGCCAACUUAGAUAUACCACCAGCAAAUGCUAGUAGAUCAGGACCACCACCUAGCUCAGGGAUGAGCAGCAGGGUAAACUUGCCAGCAACAGCACCCAACUUUAAUAAUCCUUCGCCAAGUGUAGUUACUGCUACCACUUCUGUUCAUGAGAGCAGCAAAAACAUACAGACAUUUUCCACAGCCAGCAUAGGAACUGCUCCUCCAAGUAUGGGGACUUCGUUUGGGAGUCCAACAUUCAGCUCGACCAUUCCGAGUACAGCUUCUCCAAUGAACACGGUCCCACCACCACCAAUUCCUCCAAUCCCAGCGAUGCCAUCUUUGCCACCGCUGCCAUCCAUUCCCCCAAUACCAGUUCCUCCUCCAGUACCAACAUUGCCUCCUGUGCCUCCUGUGCCUCCCAUUCCCCCAGUCCCUUCUGUGCCACCUAUUAACCCAUUGCCACCCAUGUCAGGCAUGCCACCCUUGAAUCCACCACCUGUGGCACCUCUACCUACUGGAAUGAAUGGCUCUGGAGCACCUAUGAGUCUGAACAAUAAUCUGAACCCUGUGUUUCUGGGUCCAUUAAAUCCUGUUAACCCUAUCCAGAUGAACUCUCAAAGCAGCGUGAAGUCACUUCCCAUCAACCCCGAUGAUCUGUAUGUGAGUGUGCAUGGAAUGCCCUUUUCUGCGAUGGAAAAUGAUGUCAGAGAGUUUUUCCACGGGCUUCGAGUUGAUGCAGUACAUUUGUUAAAAGAUCACGUAGGUCGAAAUAAUGGGAAUGGAUUGGUUAAGUUUCUCUCACCUCAAGAUACAUUUGAAGCUUUGAAACGGAACAGAAUGCUGAUGAUACAACGCUAUGUGGAAGUCAGUCCUGCCACAGAGAGACAGUGGGUAGCUGCUGGAGGUCAUAUCACUUUUAAACAAAGUAUGGGGUCUUCUGGACAAGCCCAUCCCCCUCCACAGACACUUCCAAGGUCAAAAUCGCCCAGUGGGCAGAAAAGGUCACGGUCAAGAUCACCACAUGAGGCUGGCUUUUGUGUUUACUUAAAAGGGCUACCAUUUGAAGCAGAAAACAAACAUGUCAUUGAUUUUUUUAAGAAGUUGGAUAUUGUGGAAGAUAGUAUUUAUAUAGCUUAUGGACCCAAUGGGAAAGCGACUGGUGAAGGCUUUGUUGAAUUCAGGAAUGAUGCUGACUAUAAGGCUGCACUGUGCCGUCAUAAACAAUACAUGGGCAAUCGCUUUAUCCAAGUUCAUCCAAUUACUAAGAAAGGUAUGCUAGAAAAGAUAGAUAUGAUUCGAAAACGACUUCAAAACUUCAGCUAUGACCAGAGGGAAAUAGUGUUAAAUCCGGAGGGGGAUGUCAAUUCUGCCAAAGUCUGUGCCCAUAUAACAAACAUUCCAUUCAGCAUUACCAAGAUGGACGUUCUUCAGUUCCUAGAAGGAAUCCCAGUGGAUGAGAAUGCUGUACAUGUUCUUGUUGAUAACAAUGGGCAAGGUCUAGGGCAAGCACUGGUUCAGUUUAAAACAGAAGAUGAUGCUCGUAAAUCUGAACACUUACACCGUAAAAAGCUGAAUGGGAGAGAAGCUUUUGUUCAUAUAGUUACCCUAGAAGAUAUGCGAGAGAUUGAGAAAAAUCCCCCAGCCCAAGGAAAAAAGGGCUUAAAGAUUCCUGUUCCAGGUAAUCCUGCAGUUCCAGUGAUGCCUAGUACAGGGAUGCCUGCUGCUGGAAUUCCCACUGCUGGAAUACCCGGUGCUGGGAUACCUGGUGCCGGAAUGCCAGGUGCUGGAAUGCCAGGUGCUGGAAUGCCUAAUGCGGGUAUGCCCACUGCUGGAAUGCCUGGUGCUGGGAUGCCCAGCGCUGGAAUACCUGGUGCCGGAAUACCUGGUGCCGGAAUACCCGGUCCCGCAAUGCCCGGUCCAGCAAUGCCCGGUCCAGCAAUACCCGGUCCCGCAAUGCCUGGUCCUGCAAUGCCUGGUCCCGCAAUACCCGGUCCCGCAAUACCUGGUGCCGCAAUACCUGGUCCUGCUAUGCCCGGUGCUGGCAUUCCCACUGCAGGAGGAGAAGAGCAUGUCUUCUUGACUGUAGGAUCGAAGGAGGCCAAUAAUGGGCCGCCAUUUAACUUCCCUGGUAAUUUUGGUGGGCCAAAUGCCUUUGGACCACCACUUCCCCCUCCAGGAUUAGGAGGUGCUUUUGGUGAUGUUAGGCCUGUUAUGCCUUCAGUUGGAAACAGUGGUUUGCCUGGCCUAGGACUGGAAGUUCCAGGUUUUGGAGGUGCACCAAAUAAUUUAAGUGGGCCGUCAGGAUUUGGGGGGAUCCCUCAGAAUUUUGGAAAUGGCCCUGGUAGUUUAAGUGCUCCUCCAGGUUUUGGAAGUGGACCCCCUGGUCUUGGAAACGUUCCUGGGCAUUUGAGUGGGCCUCCAGCGUUUGGGCCUGGGCCUGGGCCUGGCCCAAUACAUAUUGGGGGUCCCCCUGGCUUUGCAGCUAGCUCUGGAAAACCAGGACCUACAAUAAUUAAGGUGCAGAACAUGCCCUUUACUGUUUCUAUUGAUGAAAUUUUAGAUUUCUUUUAUGGUUAUCAGGUAAUCCCAGGUUCAGUAUGUUUAAAAUACAAUGAAAAAGGUAUGCCUACAGGUGAAGCCAUGGUGGCCUUUGAAUCGCGGGAUGAAGCCACUGCUGCGGUCAUUGACUUGAAUGAUAGGCCUAUAGGUUCGAGAAAGGUAAAGCUUGUUUUAGGGUAGCCGUUAACAUCAGUUCUUUAGGGUAUAUCUUGAUGUUGCUGUGAUUAAUGCAUCCAGAUUGUUUUCCUAGUAUUUCCAGGUUAGAACCUGUGGAUUGUUUCUAUUGCAGAUAGAUUGGUUUCUAUAACACAGAGCAUUGGUUGGCUGUUUACAGCCCACAGAAUAAACAUUGCAGUUUGUUACAGUAAAGCUAUCUGGAGGGAACACCAAAAAUAAUUUGGGCAUACCAGUAGAAACCAUUUCUAAAACUUGUUGAUCAUAUAAAGCUUAUCAAGGAAUCUAGAUUGGCUUCUUUUAUACCACAUGGAAUGAAGAAGAUAGAAACAAGAGUAGAGCUCAUGGAGGGUGCUCUUGCCAGUUGCUGACAACUAGAAGUUGGCUACUUUUGCAAUUUGAUUUAAAGUUGGGCAUACUUGCUUUGUUAUAGGGUCAAAGCUUUGUCUACAACCUACAUUUUCUUUUAAAAUUGAAUAAAGUCUCUGUAUCUGGA